UUCCGUACACCGGAAGCAGCGUGUUAGUAGUUUGCUGUGGUUGUUACAAGGGCAGAGGAUUUGUUUCUGCAAGCAUCUUACUCAACUGAUACAAUUUAUAGUGCUCUGAUUUAGAUUUAAAGCAGUUAUUCAUUUAUCUCAAGUACCACAAAUCUAAUAUAAGAUGUCUCCGAAACCUCUGGAGCCGCUGGCUAAGAAGCUCAUGAAGGGCGUGAUUGCUCUGGAGCUGCUGGGCGUCCUCGGGGCUUACGGUCUGUUUCGCACGAUGGACACCAGCCGAGAUUUCAGGAACACCAUGAACAGGAGGUUCCCAUCCAUCCUAGAAGUUUACUACAAGUCCAACGAGUGGGCGGGGAUCUACGGCAUCCGAGAGAGAGACCAGGAGGCCUGGUCAGCCAAACAGGAUUGAAGGUGUCCAUUGACGUCAUCAUCAUUGUCGCGUGCAGCGCCUUGGCAUCGGAGUCUGGAGCCUCCCACUUCGGCUGCUUCAGCACUACAUGUCAGGAAAAAAGACAUCACUUCCUGUAAAGACUCAUCCGAUCUCGUUCGUUUAUACAGGAAUUGUCUUUCUCUCUGUGGAGAAGUUAUUAAAUGUGGCUGGUAUCCAGCCCAGUCAAGGAAAUCCUGCCUUUGUUUUUAUUUUUUAAACACAUAUACUUUGUA